AUGGGUUUGCAGGCCUUUCGCAUGCACAGCAACCUCGUCAGCUACCUGAAGCCUUUGACAAUGACACCGCGGCGUCCUCGCAAAUCCAAGAAGGUGGAUGCUUCUAAUGCCGCCGAGCAGAAGCCGACCCCGGCCAAGAAGACCGAUGCACGUUUGCUUCUGGACAGUGCAUCGUUAUGCUUGCUGUUUGAGCCCACUGCACUCGUCGCUGCUGCAGAUGGGUCUUCCGAAGUUCAGGACGGGGCGGUCCCAGUGGACUCGGAAGACAAGCUUGAGGCAGAGCAUCCAGGUGCCAAGAGUGGCUGGCUGAAGCGAGUGCAAAAACUGCUGCACAAUGCUGCGCCAGUGAAAGUUGAUGAGCAGCGGCCGGGGCCAGCUUCCGAAAAGCCUGAGAGUCAUUGGGUUCACGUCGGGUACAUGAACCACAGAUCUUAUGUUUUGUCGUGGGUUCCGCUCCUGCCCGAUGGAUCGCAUCCUCAAAGGAACAACGAUGCCUUGAAGAACCUGCGUGUGCCCGAGGAAGCGAAGUGUUACCGGAGCUUUGAGUUCUUCCAAGAUCGGGUGGAUUCUUCGAUUGCGUGGACUUGCACUAUCUACAAAGUGUAUGCAUCAACUUCCCCGCCGGAACAUGUAGUUCCCAGUGAGGCUCGGCCGAGCAUGCUUAGUGUGAUCCGGUACGCUGAUGUGCCUCGGUUGGAUUUCUGGAAAGGCUCCGCUGCAGAAGAUGAGGCUCGGAAGCGUCCUUCAACGGGGCACGGCAAGGGUCCGGGCGGGCCCGGACCGCCUGGCGGGACUCGAAAACGCAAGGCCGAGGGCCCGCUGGAUCCUGCAGACGUACAUGAGGGUCAGCAGGGCAAGAGCGAGGGCCAUGUGCCAAAUGAUGACAUGGCCUUGCUUUCGGCAUUGCAAAACGAGGAAAAAGGAGAUGGUGAAUCUUCUGUGGAUGGAGGAAAGGAGCUUGAUGACUUGGAAGAUCACCAGGACAUUGUCGAAGGCCAGGCCGAUGAAGAAGAGCUUGCUCCAGACCUGUCAUUGGAUGCUGAAGCUGUUGAGGGCGAUCAGGAGGAGGAGUUCGACUUGGAAGCAUGCCAGGCGGAAGAAGGCGAUGAUGAGGCUGUGGAUCCUGGCCACUCCCACUUUCGAGACGAACUGAUGCAGAGGCUACGGAGACUGACAGCCGACGACGUCGAUUCUGAUUCUGAUGCAGGCAGAAACAGGCCCGCGGCUGCACACGCAGCAGGUGCAGCCGACCAUCAUGAUGACGACGACGAUGGUGGAGGAGUUGGUGACGUGAUCUACUACCCGCCGGGCUCAGCGGACGCUGAACAGGAUGUCGCAGGUCCUGCGAACCCACUCCCUGCCGAGCCUGUUGAUGCUGAGCAAGAUGCGGAAGCUGAUCACGAAGCCGAAGCCCGUGUCCUACGAGCCGUGCCUGUAGGAGGUGACAGGAUUCGUAUUGCCAGGAAAGGCUUCUUGGUGCAUUACCCCGCGGAGUCUUGCUUGGUUGCGGUGUGUCUGAAGCACAAAGACUGCAGGAAAAAAAGAACGUUGCUCGCGGGCCGCAGAGGCGGCCAGGGGAGGUGCCUAGGUUUUUUGAUGGCGUGGUUGAAUGCAUCUGCAGACUACGAUUCUCAACAAUCCCACGUGAAUGCUUUCACGACCACUCUGCAAGCACGAAGAGAAGGCCGAGCGGAGUUCAUGCGUCUCCCCAAUGCUGCCGACUGGGCCGCCAAGGAGCAAGGUCACAGAGCUGAGGGAGACACAGACGAACCAACGCGGUUUGUGUGA